CAGCCCGCGAGCGAACCUCAGUGUGAGGAGAAUCAUGGACGUAAACUAAACAGAAAGUUACCAUGACAAAAGUUAGGCAUUUAUUUGAAAUUACAGCAACAACACCCGUUUCCCUUGUAAAUCAACAACCUUUCCCCCCCAGGGUCUGAGGUUUGCUUAAGUUUACAAGGCAUCGCUCUUUCAACACUAACUACAGUUACACUUGACAGAAAGAAUGCGCGAGUCAGUUAGCAUUAGCCGGCUAGCAGCGUGCUGACAGCAGCGACAGGAGGCGAACAAAAGAUUACUCUGCAUUUGUCCGAUUUCACUGACACUCGGUCCAUGUAGAAGGGGCGAUUAUCAACACAAUGCCCGUGCUACUUUUUCUGAUAGACACGUCCGCCUCCAUGAACCAGCGCUCCCAUCUGGGCACUAGCUAUCUGGACAUAGCGAAGGGCGCAGUUGAGACUUUCCUGAAGUUGAGAAGCAGAGAUCCGGCCAGCAGAGGAGACAGAUACAUGUUAGUGAGUUUCGAGGAAGCACCGGCUGGAAUUAAGGCUGGAUGGAAGGACAGUCAUGCCACUUUUAUGACCGAGCUGAGGAACUUGCAAGCAGUUGGACUGACAUCGGUUGGCCAAGCUUUAAGGACAGCUUUUGAUUUGCUCAAUCUUAAUAGAUUAGUUUCAGGGAUAGACAACUAUGGACAGGGUAGAAACCCUUUUUUCUUGGAGCCUGCUAUCAUUGUGGCCAUAACUGAUGGCAGUAAGCUGACUGGCAGUUCUGGAGUACAAGAUGAGUUACAUUUACCGCUAACAACACCAUUGCCUGGCAGUGAACUGACCAAAGAGCCCUUCCGAUGGGACCAGCGACUCUUCUCUUUAGUGCUUCGUGUUCCUGGCCAUGCCUCUGCUGACCCUGAACCAGUGGGUGGAGUGCCACUCGACUCCUCCCCUAUUACACCUAUGUGUGAGGUCACCGGAGGCCGUUCAUACAGCGUGUUUUCCCAGAGAAUGCUGAACCAGUGCCUGGAGUCUUUGGUACAGAAGAUACAGAGUGGUGUGGUCAUCAAUUUUGAGAAGACUGGACCUGAUCCUUCUCCUACUGAAGAUGGUCCAACAGAGGUGAAGUAUGGACCUCCAGUAUGGCACAGCUGUCAUAAAUUAAUCUAUGUGAGACCCAACCCUAAAACUGGUGUCCCUGUUGGCCAUUGGCCUAUCCCUGAGUCCUUUUGGCCUGACCAGAACUCUCCUACUUUGCCUCCACGUGCAGCUCACCCUCAUGUGAAGUUUUCAUGUGUGGAUUCAGAGCCCAUGGUGGUGGAUAAAGUACCCUUUGACAAGUAUGAGCUAGAGCCUUCCCCGCUCACCCAGUACAUUCUAGAGAGGAAAUCACCACAUACCUGCUGGCAGGUUUUUGUGUGUAACAGUGCUAAAUAUGGAGAACUGGGUCAACCGUUUGGAUAUCUGAAGGCUAGCACUGCUCUCAACUGUGUCAACCUGUUUGUUAUGCCCUAUAACUAUCCUGUGGUGCUUCCGUUGCUUGACGACUUGAUUAUUGUACAUAAGUUCAAGCCUCCAGUGAAGUGGCGACAGUCUUUUGAAAAUUAUCUUAAAACAAUGCCCCCCUACUACAUCCCAGCCCUGCGGAAAGCAUUAAGAAUGAUGGGAGCUCCAAACCUGUUAGCAGACAACAUGGAAUAUGGCCUCAGCUACAGUGUUGUGUCUUAUCUCAAAAAACUCAGUCAGCAGGCUAAGAUCGAGGCAGACAGAGUUUGUGCUUCAGUGGGGAAAAAAGUAACACCAGAAGGCGGAAUUAAACUUCGUUGUAGGAGCUCUGCUCUAUCUCUGGCACACAGGAAGGAUUUCACACAGCUUCUGCAGAGUAUCAUGGGAGAUGGACCAGCACUGCCAAUGGAGGCAAACACCAAGGAGUUUGCUGGCUUUCAGCUGGCUGCCCUGAAUAAAGCGUUAAAACCACAAGGCUUGCGCAACCCUUACGAUAUCCCAAGAGCUCAUCUUCUGGACCAGCUGAGCCGCAUGAGGAGGAACCUUCUGCACGCCAGUAUUUGUAUUCUCAAAGGGCAAGAUCAAGAUCAGCUUCACAGUGUGCCUAUAGCUCAGAUGGGCAACUAUCAGGACUUCUUGAAGCAUUGCCCAUCACCUCUGAGAGAGGCAGACCCCGAUCAGCCUAAACGUCUGCACACCUUUGGCAACCCUUUUAAACUGGACAAGAAGGCCAUGAUGGUGGAUGAGGCAGAUGAGUUUGUUACUGGCACUCAGGGCAAAGGUAAACGUCCUGGUGAGUCCAGCAGUCCUACUGUGGGAGGGGCACCUAAACGCAGGCGCUGCAUGUCUCCAUUGCUUCGGCCUGGACGGGCAUAUACACCUCCCAGAACACCAACCAGAACUCCAGAUAAUGAUCACUUGGAAUUGGAAAACCACAUCACCAAUCAUCUUGAGCCAAACUGCGACUCGGACAGCGAUUUAAGUCCUGUGCCGGAGUCUGAAGCGAUCCAGCAGAGCAACCAUCUCCAGGCGGAAGAGAUUGAGAACCAGCAGGACUGCGUGCAGGAGAAUGGCCAGUCCAGUGACAGUGAGCUCUCUCUGGGCAGCGAGGGGGAAGAGGAGGCCCCGCAUCACUACCCGUCCUCCUGCCAGCUGAAGAUGAUCAGAAACCAGGAGAGUCAGGAGCUCAACUCUGAACUCAGAGUGCUCAUCACCAAGGAGAUCAGGAAACCUGGGAGACGUUAUGAGAAAAUCUUCUACCUUCUCAAGCAAAUCCAGGGCAGUUUGGAAACGCGUCUGAUCUUCUUGCAGAGCAUAAUCAAAGAGGCAGCAAGAUUUAAGAAGAGGGUCUUGAUCGAGCAGCUGGAGAUCUUCAUAGAGGAGAUUCACUUAAGAGCCAACGGCAUGAAUCAUCUGGAUAGUUUCUGAGCACUCCAUCUACCCUACUUGAAGGACUCGAGCACAGAUCUGCACUAUUUAUGUAACGUUACAUGGGACUCGUGUGUCUCCAGUCUUUAUCAGUAUUGAAUCUGAUUUUAUGGACAUAGACUUUUGCUGGGUUGUCUCUAAACCUCAGGAUUGUGGAAUAUGGGAAGUGUUGCUCUUUCUAUAACACGUUUCUAAAUAUGCACUGCUUUCUUUUCUUAAGCUCUCUUUCCCCUCAUCUGCUCAGUUGUUGCAUUCACUAACAUUGACAUUGAUUGCCAUUAUAAACAUUACAUGUCAUUCAGGAAUCUGCUCUGCAAGCUCACCGAACCAAACUCUCGUAUAAAGAGACUAAAUCAGCAAUAUUCUACACCAAUAAACAGGUCAAUUCUUUAUGGUUGAGGUAUGACUGACUGAGGUUUUAUAAGUAAAUAUAGACUUGCACACUCCAGAAGUCGUCGUCUUUGUUUGGAAAAAUAACAUCUCAGGAAUGAUGGUGAUGCAGAAGACAUUGAAUUUGCCAGCAAAAGAGCAUCGUUCUGGAAAUGUUUCCCGAUGCUCUUACAGACCAUUGUUGUUACACAUGGCUUCAUUAUAGUUACAGCAACUGCUUAAUUGCUAUCAAAAAACAUUUCAGACCACUAAACUUUUGCAGAAGUCUGUCGAAAACUAAGGACCGUAAAAUCUACAUAAGGUAACCUAAUUUGAUAUUAAUGAAGCAACAUCUGAAUGGACAUACAAAGGAAACUUUCAAACAGUGUAGUUGCUGUUUAAACAUCCAGGACAGAGUUAAGAGCUACUUAAUUACUGGCAUGGAAUUUAUGCUGCUAAUGUAUUCCUACAUUACUGCCAAAUAUGUAGUAUUCCUUAGCCUUAUUUUCUUUUCCCCAAGGGUUUGUCUUUGUGUUGGACCAAUUCUUUGCCAUACAUGUUAUAUGGAGAAAGGUGAAUCUGAGGCUUCUUGGGGGAGGGAGUAUUUUUUACAAUGCUGUAUAUAUUGUACAUGGUGACUCUGGAAAUAUUAUUUAAGAGGAUGUUUUGGUAGAAAGCCUGUUUUGUAUGUAUUUGAAUAAAGUCUAUUUUACGCUGUCAA